GCAGAUCGCCAGCGGGAAAUCAAAUUAUAAUGCAAUUUGUGGUGAUUGUAUUUGUGGCUUUGUUCGCCUUGUCAACGGCUCAGUUUGGUGGACCCUUUGGUGGCAUCAUAAGGGAAUUUGAGCGAGUGGAACAACAGCAACAACAGGGCGGCUUUGGUAACGGCCUACCACAGCAACAGCAACAGCAACAAAAACAAAGCGGCUUUGGUGGCGGCCAGCAGAAUCAGGAGCAACAGCAGGAGCAAGGUGUCAUUCUGAGAGGUCCCUUUGGCGGUGGCAUUGAAUUCUUUCAGGGACAACAGCAUGAGCAAGAACAGAAUGGCGGAGGAGGAGGUCAACAGCAGCAACAGCAGGAGAAUCUAUUCGAUCUGUUUGGUUGA